UCAGCGUUGGCUUUAGGGGAAUUAAUUGAUGAAGGUGUCUCCGGACGGGCUCACUAUACUGUGUCAUUUUAUUUGGAGCUAUAGCAUCGGCGGGAGCAGCAGCUGGUGUCUCCUCUCUUUGCCACAUUCCAUUAUUCCAGGGUAGAAAUGGAGCAGGGGGCUUUAAAAGGACUCAGGUACGGGGCUUCGCAGCCUCUGCCUUGAACUGCUCUAACAAUGGAGAGCUAGUCUCCUUGCUUCUUUUACGCAGAGGCACUCGAGAGCUCCACUGUGGCUAUAGGAUUUCUAUUGCACACUGCCUAUCCAUGGAUAUAGAUGCAUAUAUAAAUGUAGAUGUGACUACAUGCGCUAUUCAUAGAGUUUGAAGAGCAAUAACAAACAGCCUUUGUCGGUUUUCUCCCUAGCAGGAUGCCUUGAGACUGCAAGCACCAGCCCCCUGGAUUUGCAUUUUUCUUUUCUUUUUCUUUUAUGGUUACCCGCAAAUGUUGGGGAUAAUAUGACCCGAGCAAUGGGAGAUCUGGAGUCGGGGUUUGAGGAGGUGGAUGGAGUCAGGCUGGGUUACCUGAUCAUUAAAGGCAAGCAGAUGUUCGCCCUGUCUCAAGUCUUUACAGAUCUCCUGAAGAACAUCCCCAGGACCACAGUGCACAAGCGAAUGGAUCACUUAAAAGUGAAAAAGCACCAUUGCGACCUGGACGAGCUGAGGAAGCUCAAAGCGAUCAACUCCAUCGCCUUCCACGCCGCCAAGUGCACUCUGAUCUCCAGAGAGGACGUGGAAGCCCUGUACACAUCCUGCAAGACUGAGAGGGUCCUUAAAACAAAAAGGAGGAGGAUAAGCAGGCCCCUGUCAACAAAAGAUCUGCAAGAGGAGCACCCAUCCCCCGACCCUUACUCCAGCUUUUGGAAGGAGAACAAAGUUUGGCUGCGUUUGAAUGAAUCUGCCCAGCCAAUAAAGAGAAAAGCAUUUGCUCCUGAAGACCCAGGCGCCCUACCGGCAGCUGAUCUACCUCAUUUUUUAAGUAAAUACACUGGUCACAGCUACCCAGAAAUUGCAAGGUCGCCUUGCAAAAGCCCCCUGAACUAUGAAACUAGCCCGAUCUCUGGGGACUGUGCAGCCGCUUUCCACUCCAGCCUGCCCUACAUCAGGGGCGUGCUGUGCAACAAGCACCCUGCCUACUACUACCACCACCACCACCACCACCACCAGACCACCGCCAUUGCCCAGCCCCGGCUGCGCGACCCUGUCGGGGAGACUUACAGAUGCAAAAGGAAAAGAUCUUCAAGUGGCAAGGACGCGUUCCACAGCGGCAGGAGGCUCCUCUUCAUCCCCAAACCCUACAGAUCCAAAGGGACGCCGGUGUGCCUGGAGCGCAUCCACCUGAUCCAUGGCUUCUGCACCCAGCACCUGGGUGCGCUGCAGGAGAGCCACAGCAGCGACUCAGAGUCUAGCUCUUACUCCGAGCAAGCUGGCAACGACUCGGAUUUUGGCUCCAGCCUGUCCAGCAGCAGCAACUCUGUGUCUUCGGACGAGGAGGAGGAAGAGGAGGAGGAGGAGGGCAGCCUGUCUGACUCCAGUGAUCUCAGCUCGGAAGAGGAGAGCUCCUCUGAGUCUGACAGCAGCUCUGUGUCCAGCCAGGUCUCGGUGGAAAGCAUUCGUUUCCGCAGAACCAGUUUUUCCAGCCCGGCUAAUAAGCUUCCCCACACUGCACAGCCAAACCCCCUGUGCCAGUUCCCCAGGCCCCCCAGCCCCAGCUCUAUUAAACUGGGGGAGAACAAGGCAAGUCACUGUGAGAUCAAAUCUGAGAGCCACGACUGGACCCACCAAGCCUGGGCACCCACCAAGACCCUCGGUAUUUGCUGCCCCCCUGGCCUAGGGGGCUCCUUUCCUGAGGCAAGGAGUAACAAAGCCUGUGGGAUCCAAUUGCCACUUUCUGGGUUCUCUUCUCAUGCAAAGAGGACUGACCUGACAAUUAACUGUGCAGCAGAGGGGGGCUCUUCACCUAGCCCAAAGAAAAACAAUGCAUUUCCACAACAAAGAAUACACAGAGAGGCAAAUCAGUGCCUUCAAUCAGCUCUCAAACAAUGCGUGGAAAGGAAUACCACGGCCCCCAGGCCCCCAAACUGUGUCCCUGCAUCCGCUGAGAAUGUGGAAAAUUUGACCAAAACACCAGGAGGAGCGGAUUUCCCUGCUGACCCUGGGCGGACGCGCAACGGGGACACAUGCACUGAUCUAUCAUUUCUGCACAAUGUUAAAAUUAAAAUCGAGGACAAUAGUGGUAGCGAGGAAUACGGCAAAGAUACACAGAAUAAGCUAAACUAUGAGUGCAAUGUUACUAAGGACGAGAUCGACAGCGAUGUGAGCGAGCAUAAAUCCGAGGAGGCUUUAUUGGAAGCCAAACAGGAUCCUGUGUGCACUGAGCAACAAACCACUUCUCUGGCAAAUUUGCUGGCUCCCAGUCAGACCCUUCCAUGCACUUUAGGUACACCCAAGCCUGAGGAAGGAGAUUACAAAUAUGGUGCUAAAGUGAGAAAAAACUACAGGACACUGGUGCUAGGAAAACGACCUCUGUUGCAGACACCACCCAACAAGCCAAAUCUGAAAUCAGCAAGGAGUCCCCGGCCCCCAGGUAAAAGUGAAUUUUAUGAAGGGACACUGGAUGGUUUCACAGUGACUAAUAGACGCAAAAGAUUAGCCAACAAUGUAGCAUCUACAAUAAAAAGACCUUUUAAUUUCAUGGCAAAUUUCCCCAGUCCACCGUCAUUGAUUAUUGGCAAAGACGGAGAUCUAGUCCCUGCCUACUCCUUAAACAGCACAAAGGAUUCUCUCACACCCCACAAGGCCCAUCCUAUUUGGAAAUGGCAGUUGGGUGGUUCAGCAGUACCUCUCCCUCCUAGUCACAAAUUCAGAACAUUUCAAUCAUAACACUCUUUUUUGGGUAUGUGUGGGGAGAUCCUCUUCUCCAAACAAAUGGUUGCAUCAGCCGGUUUUAUAUAUAUUUUAAUAUUAUUAUUUUUAUUAUUAUUAUUUUGGAAUUAUUUGUCGUGACAUCUCGUGGAGAAGGAAAGUGGAUAAAAAUUUGAAUUUGCAAUAUGGAGGUUUGUUUGGUUACAUUCCGCAGACUACUCAGUGCUUACAGACAAACAUUAUUCCUGGUCUUGAAUGGAAGUUGAUGUUUUUUCUAAAAAAAAUAUAUUAUUAUUUUUUUUAUGUUAUUAUUAUUUUUUACAAAGCACCCGGUACCUCAAUUCUUCUGCAACAAACACAUGUCAAAUCGUUUCAAAAUAAUAAAACAACAGUAUGAGCCAUCGCAUUUACUGCACUAGUUUUUUGGAAAAUUGAAGACUGACUUUUUUAAUUGGUUGCACAGUGUUGGGUCACCAAUAAUUAUAUGUGGCAGUUAAAAAAAAAAAGUUCUGUUUUUUUAUUUCAAGAGUAGUUGCACUUAACCCAUUUUUUUUAUGUGAACUGGAAUGGUCUUGGUUUGUGUUUAUCUCAGGCCUUGGGAAAAUAAGCUGCCUCAACAACUAGUAAAAUAAAUAUGUCAUUGUAUUUUUGUUAAAUGCUGUAUUUUUAACUGCACAAUCGUACAUGUGUUAGUGGAAUCCCAUUAAUUGUAUGCAUAGGCCUUCCAUUAGCUGUCACUCCAGUAACAACCUCUUAUGAUAUGGCUGGAGAUGAAUCUGCCUAUUUACAGUCUCACCAAGAAAACAAAAAUAACGAAACAUAGUUAUGGCUUAUGAAAGAGACAUUAUAAUCGUGCAGAUGAGACGAGGGUCAUAGUAAAAUGUGACUGGAGCGUGUGGUGUGUUGAUAUUCUGUUUGUUUUGACUUGUUUGUAUUUUUUGGUUUUGUUUUGGCUUAAAAAACGACAAAGAAAAAACAACAACCGCUGCCAUUAACGCCGACGAUAAACUACAAUUAUUAUUCAUUGUAGCUGAAAACUUGAAUGAUCAUUACCACCUUGAUUUUUUAUUUUAUUUUUUAAACAGGAGAAUACUGCACAUGACAAUCAGAGUCAGUUCUCUACUUUUGCACUUAUGACUGAACUACGUAAAUAUUGUAGAGACCCAUUUGGUGUAUACUUUUCUUGUGUAAUGUUGUGUUGAAAGCAGUAAAUAAAAAAAGAAAAAAAAAAGGAAAAAGAACAGCAAGGAAAUUUGCACUGUUGAAAAGCAUGUUUCACCUUCAUUUCAAAUUAAAAAAAGAAAAACACUGUUUUCUUGAAAACCAGAUUCAGAACAUCCUGAAUUAUUAUUAUUAUUAUUCCAGCCUCGAGUCUGAUUGAGUGAACAAAAAUAAAAAUAAAAUAAAUUUAAAGGUUGUGUUCAGCAUUUUG